AGGAGGAUCGUCAGAAUCUAGAGGUUUUUAUUUAUUAAAAAUGAAUUCAGAUAAAACCGUGGUGUGUGGAUUUGUGGUUCUUGCAGUGAUACUACAAAAUACCGUUGCAGUACCUAUGCCAGGAGAUGAAGUAGAAAAUGAAUGUGGGCAUAUUGAAAUUGAGGAGCCAGAUAAUCUGUACAUAGGAAGAAACGUCACAAUAACUUUCCGCCCCCAAAAAAUUAAGAACGAAAACCCGGUAUUGCUUAACUCAAACACUAAAUAUUUUAAACACGAAUGUUUAAAUGGAUGUAAAACGUCACCAUUCGUAUUUGUUCUCUUCGAAUGUCCGGACACCCUUAACAACGCAGACUUUUAUGUGGCAUAUGGCUGUCACUCUGGUUAUGUUCGAACGCGUUUAAAAACACUGACGGAUUGUGGUGCCUCGUACAUACGGACAUGCAAUCCAAAGAUCGGUCAGGCAGAGUUUGUAUUCAUUCCAACCGAUGCUGUAAAGAAAUUCACAGAUGGAUACGUCCUGUACUGGCUUGAAACUAAUCCCAAGACUGGUUUUGAAUUUAGAGUCAACAUUUCGGAACAUAAUUACGAACAACGCAAUGAAAGCAAUUGGGCAUACGUGUUAGUAAUUCAUGACGUCAUCAGAAAAAAUGGAUAUCAAUAUCGUGUCCAGUGCACUGACAGGCCCAUAAAAAAAGGUCCAGUAAAACACACAGAUAUCAUUACCCUAGACACACGUUCACCUGUAUCUCCUGUCCUUGGACCUCUCGUGAAUAUCGAUGACUGUACAGGAUGUCUUCAUGUUAAUACAAGUCGCAAUACUUACAAAGACAUAUUUUGCACAAGUCACGGGGCAACCAAUACAAGAGUCACCCUUAAAAUAAAUGGAUACACAUACCGUACAGAAAACGAUGCUAACGGAACAUACAGGACUAUCUUCACAUCCUCUUUUGAUGAGAACGAUCAUUUGAAACAAGUUGUGUGCUCUGCAGCAACAUGCGGGCAGCUCAACACAAGUGCCACACUUUAUGUUGCAGUUCAGUCAGAUGGACCGAAGCUUAACAUUCCUGUAUCUGUCUUAUACAAAGGAGUUCAACCAAACAUUACAUGUUCGUCUAAAGGAGGACGUCCAAAAUCAGUUUUGACAUUCUAUCUCAACGGCAAUGAAAUAUCGUCUACCCAGAUAGAUCAGUAUGACAACACUAAGCGCACUUACAACAGUGUUGCGACAGUAACUGACGUUCCCGAUAAAAAUUGGGAUGGAGCAGAGAUACGCUGUUCACAAAUUCAAAUACAUAACGUAUCUUCGAAACAUACACGCCCAAUUAAAGUGACAUAUACAUAUCCACCAUCGGAUAUAACAAUAGUGGUUGACAACUCCAACCUUAUACGCACAAGCGGGAAAGACUAUCCAGUUGAGGUUGCAUGCAAGUCAAGUGAAACAAAUGCGAAGUGUAACAUGUCGUUGACAACAUCCAGUAAUCGUCCAAUAUAUCUCAAAUCACCUAGAAAAACUUCAGAAAAUCCACUCAUUAUUUAUAAUGCGACGAUUAACGGAUCACUUGGAGAACGUGAUGUGACGAUAACCUGUUCAUUAUACUGUGAUCACUUUGAAAAAGUUAUUGCAUCUACGAUCAUAAACCUACCACAUCCACCAAAAAUCCAGAUUAAUACAUCAAGUCCACUAAUAAUCGAAGAAGGGUCAACACAACAGACCACGUGUCUUGCGGAUAGUUACCCACCUUCCAACAUCACGUGGAGUUACACACAAGAUGGACGAGAAGAAACGAGCUCUUGUAACGGAGCCACUUUGUGCUCUGUUCUUGUGUCAGGUUUACGGGACGGAGAGAAACGGGAAUAUAUGUGCUCCGUGGUGCAUAUGUUACUUGCGUCAAACAAGUCCUUCGUUGCUGAAGGAAGAGCCCGAAAGUCCGAGAUCACACAGGACGAACAAGGCGGAAGCAUGGCAUUAGUGGGCGGCUUAGUUGGAUCCUGUGUGUUACUGGCAGGAGUAGCAGCCAUGAUCAAAGUGUGUUACUGGAAACGACGGCAACAUAAACGAAGAACUCAUCGAAAUGAUACAGUGCAGAGGUCCCAUGAAAUACACGUUUCUGGCACCAAUGAUGACCAACUCGUUGAGUACGCUGUUGUGUCGAAGACCAGUAAAAGCACUGUCUCCGAACACGUGAAUGCUUCUGUACAGAAGUCUAUUGUUUCAAAAGCAAACACAAACAUUCCGUCUGCUCACGUUGGCCGUGCCGGUCCAAAAACAGUGGUCUCCACGAAUACCCUUACCGUAAGCACGGCGGAUGAAUACGCAGUCGUCUCGAAGACUUGUCCAAACCCAGCUAUUGUACGCGCAAGAGGCAAAGCGCCACCGAAAACGGAUGCGAGCGGUGAUCAGCUAGUAUACGUGGAGUUGGACAGAGAUGUGCUGGAAACAAGACCUUCAGCGGCCAGACCUGUGCAGGAGGAGGCUGUAGAAUAUGUGGGCAUUGACUUCUCAAAGACGGCGACAAUUGAGAAGGACGACAACAUUUACACAAAUAAAUGAUUGGUCUGUAUGGCGAUAUUGCAUUAUAUUCGGAGUUGAAUGAAGGGGAAUAGAGUGUACGAACGUGCUCCAUGAAAACGCGAGGAUAACUAUAGAUAUGUUUGAAUAUUUUUUACUUCGCACAUCGUUCGUUCUUUGUUUUACAUGCCGUUUUUCAAUAUGUGAAUAGUCGCAUAUACCAUAACUUUAUUAUAAACUUAUGUGUAAAUAAGCUCAUCCAUAAAUAAGAAUUGCUAAAUAAAAAGGGAAUUUAAAAAAAUAGAAUACAAGUAAAUAAUAUGAAAAAGAAAAUUCAGCCUAUUUUGUUCACUUUAGAUACAUACGUUUUAGAAUGUAUAUGUAUGCUACAGACGUAUUUAUAACUGAACGGUAUGUUAUACGUAACAUUAAAUCACAGUAUGAGUGGAAUUAAUAAAUGGCAGAGUUUGAAAAAUAUAUUUAAACAUUGUAAACAUGUUAUCAGCAUAACAUACGUAAUCAAUGUAAAGCUUUUAUUAUCAUAUUGAUUUAAGUUUGCAUAUUGCACGUGAUCAUUGCAAUAAACAAUCGUUUAAUUUGA